GCGCAUUUGCUUCUCAACGGAAUAGUCGUAAACAACAUUUUUUUUCAAUCCAGAACCCUCGCUAGUUUACGUAUAGGAAAGUAACGGGGGGGAUUACCGAGUUAGUGGAUGACGCUUUUUUCUGCGUUUUCGAAGGAUUUCGCAGAAAAUAUGAGAUCGUACGGGUACGAAUUGUACCCGUAAUUUAUACAUUUAUGGCUCCUCGGUAUGCGGUGACGUCAUCCGGAUCGUUCUGGAAGAGCCCUGCAGGACAAUAAUGGCGGAUUUGUAUGCGAAAUACAACUGUACGUAUUGUCAAGAAGACAUCACGGGUCUGCGUGUUAAAUGCGUCGAGUGCCCGGAUUUCGACCUCUGUUUGCAGUGCUUUUCCGCUGGAGCUGAAAUUGGUCAACACAAAAAUGAUCACUCUUAUCAGUUUAUGGAUUCUGGUACCAUUAGUAUAUUUAAUGGACGAGGCAAUUGGACCGCUAGAGAACAACUUAGACUUUUGGAUGCCAUUGAACAAUUUGGCUUUGGGAAUUGGGAGGAUAUCAGUAAACAUAUCGAAACUAGAACACCGGAAGAAGCGAAAGAAGAAUAUAUUGCUAGGUAUCUGGAUGGUAAUAUCGGAAAGCAUACGUGGCCACCUACGGAAAGCUACACACCAAAUCUUACGGAUCAAACUAAGUCAGAUAACGGACCAUUAUCGCCUGAUCUCACAUCUCGGUUACCUCCACUCGAUAUAACACCGGAGGAAGCGGCUCAAUUAGGCUACAUGCCUCAACGAGAUGACUUUGAAAGAGAUUAUAAUCAUGAAGCAGAGUCUCUCGUUUCGUCAUUAUUUUUGAAUCCUGCAGAGGAUGAUGAUCUCGACAUAGCACUUAAGCUAGCGCAAGUUGAUAUGUAUACUAAUAAUUUAAGAGAAAGAGCUAGAAGAAAACGUGUCGUACGGGAUUAUCAACUUGUGUCUGCUUUCUUUGCGUCGUCUAGAAAAGAUAGAGGAAUAAAGAAGCGACAAACGAAGGAAGAAAAAGAAUUUAGGGACAGAAUGCGCACUUUUGCACAAUUUUAUACAGCACAGGAAUAUGAGCAGUUCCUAACAAAUCUUGAAAGAGAAAGAGAGCUUCGGUUACGACUGUCGGAACUUUAUCGUUAUCGAGAGCAUGGCAUAUCAAGACACGAAGAAUGUGCUCAUUUCGAACAAGUGAUGGCACAGGCUCAGGGACAAAAUGAUACCGCGGAUCACUGGACAGAGAAAAAAUCUAGGGAAUGUAAAACAACGUUCAGAGCUUUAAUUAUACUGGCAGCAGUGGGCCGUCCACACCAAUACACCGCCACACCUCAAAAAAAAAGAGAAGAAGAAAAAAAUUACUCUUCCACCGACCGAAAGUCCACUGUAAAGCUAGACACAACCAGCAGCAGCUCCACAAUCAAUCAAAUCAAUCCCAAUCGGACGAUGAUUCCAGCCAAUCAGUGGGUGGAGCAGGAUAGCAAUCCGAAUACUUCCAGUCAACAUUCUACAAGUUCCAAUUCUACCGUAGAAAAAAAUUGCAUUGUAGCAUCAUCUUCGUCGAAAACACUCUCACAUUUGGGAGAAACAGGAGAACGAGACAUAGAAAUGGAGGCAUCUGCACAUCUUUUAACGAAACAAGAAAAAUCAUUAUGUCUUCAGUUAGACUUGAAGCCGAUGCAGUAUUUAACACAAAAGACUUUGUUGUUACAAGAAUAUCUCAGUGGUAAUAGAAAAUCAGGGAUUAUACCUCAGUCGGAACCAGAGAGUAAGAUACUUCAUUAUUUGGUAGCUAAUGGUUGGAUUGCAGCCAAUUGAUCAAUUAUCAAGAAAAAAGUUAUGUUUAUUUUCUUAUUCUAAGUCAUCAUUUAUUUCAUUAACUAAGUCUUAGAUAUGUAAUGACAAUGUGAGUCUGACUUAAUUAACGCAUGAAAAUCAGGUAGAAAGAAGAGAGAAAGCUUAUAAAAAUUCUAUCUACUUUUUUCUUGAAACAUUGCAUCUAUUUUAUGUUAUAAAGUUUAUUGAAAAUGAUAUCCCAUGGCUGUCAUCUAUAGCAAAGAGUAUCAAUAUUGCACUAUUACAUUAAUUAUAAAUGUAACGAUAGUAGCAUCAUUUUUAUCCGAUGUAGAAUUGGGUUGGGGUAUACAUGUACAUAUAUAGGCGUAUACACAUAUCGGUAUAUGUGUAUAUAUAUAUUUAUCAUAACAAGUCUACCACUUUUAAAUUCAAAAAUUGUCUUAAGAGAAUAUUUUAUAAUACUGCCUUCUUAGUCACUAUACAUACUGUUCUAUCGAUUCUUCCAUAAGAAAUUUUGUGUUUUUUUUUUUCUUCUUCUUUUUCCUUUUUAAACUAUACCGCUGCACAUAUAUAUAUUCUUGUUUAUUUUAUUUAAAUAUUAUUUGUUACCAUACUUGACAAUAAGGAAAGACUAUAGGCAAAACGUACGUCAGAUCUUUAAAAAUCAUAUGAAAACAUUACAAGAACACCAGAUAUGUGUAAUUGUAAUUAUAAUUAUAAUUUAUGAAAGUAAUCGCUGUCAUGCUCGAAGAUAUGGAAUAUAUUCUAUCACACAUUGAAUACGUUCUUGCUUUAAAUUUUAAGCAAGAUAAAAUACGCAAAGCUAGCUGUGACAUUAAAAAGAAAAGAAAAGAAAAAAAAACGAAAAAAGAAAAAAAGAAAAAAAUUGGGACAUAAACGAAAAAAAAUAACACCUUUCUUAUUGCAUUAAUAUACCGCUACUGAGAGAUUACAUGUUAACAAUAUGAUAUGUAUAUAUAGAUUUAGCUUUAAAACAGAGACAUUUACGUAGCUUAGUCCGUUAAAUGCGGACUUUUUGUUUGUAAUAUAAUGAAAAGAAAAAAAAAACAAAAAGAGAGAGAGAGAGAUUCCUUAUUGCUGAAGAAUGGUACAAAUACGAUAAAAUCUAAUAACUGUGAGAGAAAUGUAUAAUAGUAGAUAAUUUAUCUAUCGCCGACGCAGCAUCUGUAUGUAUAUAUAUAUUAUAUGGCGAGAAACACAUAGUACCUUUUUAUUAAUAGUAAAUACUAAUGCACAAAGUAUAGAAUUUCAAAAGUCGAAUGUAAUCAAUGAUUUAUCUGAUCUUAUCAAUCUGAUUCAAAUUUAUCAGGGUGGAUCUUUUUUCUUUUCUUUUCUUUUCUUUUAAGGGAAAAAAAAAAAUAUCGAAAAUAACAUAUUUUCGAGAUAAAAAAUAUUUCAUUUCAUAACUGAUAAGUGUAAAUGCAGAAAAUGAUUUCCGUAAAACAGAAAAAAAAAAAAAUUAAAAAACAUCAUGUGAAAAAGAAAAAAACAAUUCAAAUAUACAUAUAUCGUCAUAUUAAUUUAAUAUGAUAAAAAGAAGCAAGUUAGCAGCAUAUUCUUUUACAGAGAUUGUAUUUGGAAGUGUGAAUGCGCUGUAUAAAUGUAAGAAAUAUGACACGUUUUGCUUUGCAUAACUAUUUUCAAUAUAAUAUCCACGGUUAUGAAGUAUUUCUGUGUAAUUUAAAAAUAAAUAAAUAUAUAUAUAUAUAUAUAUGUAUUUAUAUAUACAACAUACACAUGUGUAUAUGGAUGCGUAUAUGUGUGUGUGUGUAUAUAUAUACAUAUACAUAUAUAUAUAUCUUGAAAUUUUGUCGUUAUGUAGAUACGAAGUGAUAUAAAAAAUGAUUAUGUAAAUAUCAUGAUUAGGAAUAUGCGUUAGCUUUUAAUUAAUCAUGAGAUUUACGUUAUUUGUUAAUGAGUCUAAAAAUGUGUAUUACUACGAGAAUAUACAUACACUAAAGAAGAAGGAGGAAACUCCUAAUAUUUUUUAUGAAGGACACAAAAUAAUACAAUUAUCUUAGUUUGUUUUUGUAAUAUCCGAUUGAAGGCUUCAACAGAAAACAAAUUUAGCAAAGAGAAAAAAGAAUAUACUACAUAUAUAUGUGUGUGUAUAUACACAUAUAAAAAUUUUCAUCAGAAUUAAUAAUGUUUUUUAAUAACGAUAAUAAUGAUGAUAAUAAUGAUAAUAAUAAUAUUAAUAUUAAUAAUAAUAACAAAUAAUAAUAAUAAUUAAAAAAUACUUUUUUAUUUCUAUAUAUAUAUAUAUAUCUUUUCUCUUAAUAAUCACAAUCAAUACAUUUAUAUUAUAUUUCAUAACAAAGAGAAAAAUAUAUUGGUAGACGUACGAGAGAGUAACAGGAACAACAAUUAUUAUUAUUGUUGUUGUUGUUGUUGUUGUUGUUGUUAUUAUUAUUAUUAUUAUUAUUAUUAUUAUAUUUUCUUUCUUUUUUUUUUUCUUUUAAUUUUAUUUCUAUUAAAUUUAUCGAUUAUAACGAUUUCAGAAAAAGAUGAAAAAAAAAAAGAGAAUAUGUCGUUUUGAACGAUCUUAGAACAUUAAUAAAAUUAAUAAACGUUACAAAUACUGUAAUAAAUAUGUAAAGGAAAAAAAAAGAAAAUAAUCAACGUCAUAUAGAAUAAUUAAUUUCAUCUUGAGAAACAAAAGAAAACAAAAUGAAAAACUGCUUAUGGAUUUCUGCGUUAAUCAAAUCCAGCGAUUGUUAAAAUGUACGAAAUAAAUUGUACAAUAUUUUCUUUUAGAAA